AUGUCUACCGCUAACGCCAAGUCUGGUGCUCAAGGUACCAAGUUCAGAAUGUCACUUGCAUUGCCAACCGGUGCUGUGAUGAACUGUGCUGAUAAUAGUGGAGCAAAGAACUUAUAUGUGAUGGCCGUCAAGGGAAUCGGUGCUAGAUUGAACAGAUUGCCAGCUGCUGCUGCAGGUGACAUGGUUAUAGCCACAGUGAAGAAGGGUAAGCCAGAAUUGAGAAAGAGAGUCAUGCAGGCUAUCGUUGUUAGACAGGCUAAGCCAUGGAGAAGAAAGGAUGGAACCUUCUUGUACUUCGAGGAUAACGCUGGUGUCAUUGCCAAUCCAAAGGGUGAGAUGAAGGGUUCUGCUAUUACUGGACCAGUUGCCAAGGAGUGUGCUGAUAUGUGGCCAAGAAUUGCUGCAGCCUCAGGUGUUGUGGUUUGA